UUAAUGAAAUCCAACAACGCAGCUGCACAAGUGAAAUACAAUAUGGAUAUUCAUAUUGUAGAAUAGAAGAGGCGGAGAAGCGCUUUAAUUGGACGAUUUGCAGUUGCAGUCAAGAUGGCUUGUACGUCAGUAAUGACUUUUCUACACCAAUUGCGCGGUGGUCUUACCUGUUCUAAUUUUCAUUUUAUUUCGCAGAAACUCACUGAAUGCUUCUUGUUUUUGUUUAUAGAAUGAGCCUGAAAGCCAACAUCAAUCGAGCAUUAGCGAAAGCCAAUUUUAUUUUAUAAAACAAUUCCCUUUCACUCUUUCUUUCUAUCUCCAACUCUUCCUACUGCUAGAUCUUUCAUGGCUUUGGUAGUAUCUAAGCUUUUGUUAUUCUCAUUUUCACUUCUUGUUGGCAUAGCAGUAGCCCAACAAAACAAAUCCGAUAUCAUAAACAAGGGUUCUAGACUCUCUCCCAGCACUCACCCGAAUUCAUGGCCUUCACCGUCUAGUUAUUUUGCAUUUGGCUUCUACCCACAAAGCAAUGGAUUUGCUGUUGGAAUAUGGUUGGUCAGGCAACCUGAAAAUAUUGUUGUGUGGACGGCUAAUAGAGAUGACUCACCAGUUUCCGCAAAUUCUACUCUGGAGCUAACAAUAGGUGGAAAGCUGCUUCUUCGAACUGAACAAGGUCAAGAAAGGCUCAUUGCUAAUGUAUCAGACCCCAUAGAUUCAGCUACGAUGCUCGAUUCUGGUAAUUUCGUGCUUUAUGGAAGCAAUUCUUCCGUUGUUUGGCAAAGCUUCGAUUUCCCAACUGACACGUUAUUAGGAGGUCAGAAUCUGUCCAAUGACUAUAAGUUGGUUUCGAGCAUGUCCAACUCUGAUCACUCAAGUGGACGAUUUCUUCUCGCGAUGCAACGUGAUGGUAACCUUGUUGCAUACCCAGUAAACAGUUCUGUUGAAUCAGACGAUGCAUAUUGGAGCUUUCUUUUACCUAAUUCAUUUUAUGACGCACAGCUUAGUCUUGAUUAUAAAGGUCAACUCUACUUGAACGACGGGAGUUCCACCGGCCAGAGAAACAGAUUAGUGAACAGCACUCAUCCCACGGAGAAGGAAAUAGUAAUAUAUCGAGCAACGCUUGAUGCUGAUGGAAUUUUUAGGUUGUAUUCACACCAUUUUGAGAAUAGCAGCACAGCCUCAACCAUGUCUACAAAGUGGGUAGGGUUGCAAGAUCAAUGUGAAGUCAAAGGUUUCUGCAACUUCAACAGUUACUGCUCAAGUUCAGGUUCUAAAGGUGACUGCAAUUGUUAUCCCGGUUUUGAUUGGAUAAACCAGAGUGAGAAAUCGUUAGGCUGCACUCUGAACUUCUCAGAAGAUGUUUGCAGAAAAGAUCUCAAAAUUUAUUACAAUAUUACCGCUAUGGAGAAUACAUGGUGGGCCGACUUUCCUUUCUCUGUCGUAUCAAUGACAAGGGAAGACUGUACCAGGUCUUGCCAAGAGGAUUGUAAUUGUGGGGCUGUUUUAUAUGAAGGUGAAAAAUGCCAAAAAUACAAGCUUCCACUCAGAUAUGGAAAAAGAAACAUGUCAGCCACAGCAUUCUUCAAGGUGAUUAUGGGGAGUUCAGCAAGCCAUGGCGGUCCAGAGAUUGCAACAGAAGGCAAGAAAAGCUUAAUCUUGAUUCUUGCCAUAAGUUCAGGUUCCAUUGCUUGCGUUUGUUUUGCUCUUGCAGUCUCUAGUUUCUUUUUUUACUGCCAUCAAGUUCAUAGUUAUAGAAAGAUAUCAGAAAAUGGAAAUUUGGGAUUAUCAGAAGAGUUUGCUCUGCGGUCAUUCUCCUAUAGUGAGCUGGAGAAAGCAACAAAUGGCUUUCAGGAAGAGUUAGGAAGGGGCAGUUUUGGAGCAGUCUACAGAGGAACCCUUCAAGAAGGUGGCAAAAAUAUUGCUGUUAAGAGACUAGAGAGAGUCGUUGAAGAAGGUGAGAGAGAAUUUCGAGCUGAAAUGACUGCCAUUGGAAGAACUCAUCAUAGGAACUUGGUUCAGUUGCUUGGUUUUUGCGUGGAGGGCUGCAGGAAGCUUCUUGUGUAUGAGUAUCUGAACAACGGUUCACUUGCAGAUGUUCUCUUCAAGGCAGAGGUCCGACCUGUUUGGAGAGAGAGAUUCAGGAUUGCACUAGACGUGGCUAGAGGUAUCCUCUAUUUACAUGAAGAGUGUGAGGUUCAAAUCAUCCACUGCAAUAUAAAACCCCAAAAUAUACUCAUAGAUGAUUCUUGGACUGCAAAGAUCUCUGAUUUUGGGUUAGCGAAGCUAUUACAACCGAGUCAAGUAAGCACAGACGAAGGGGUUAGUGAGAUUGGAGGAUAUUUGGCACCUGAAUCGCAGAGGAAUACUCUGAUAUCAGUAAAAGCAGAUAUCUACAGUUAUGGGGUUGUGCUUUUGGAGAUUAUCUGUUGCAGAAGCAAUAUAAAAAUAGAUGUACCUCCAGAUGAGAUAAUCCUUUCUGGUUGGGUAAAUAAUUGCUUUGCGGCCGGAGAAUUGGACAAGCUUGUGGAAGAUGAAGAUGUGGACUUCAAAACUCUGGAAAGAAUGGUAAAGGUGGGAUUGUGGUGUACUCAGGAUGAUCCCACGUUGCGUCCUUGUAUGAAGGAUGUGGUCCUCAUGUUGGAAGGAACUAUGGAAGUGCCAGUCCCUCCUGUUGGAAAGGAUCUGUGAUCUGUCUGGAACAAGCUAGAAUGUAGUUGAGUAUCUAGAUCAUUCUGAUCAAUAAGAUGCACUCAUGAAUGUAUGGAUGGACAUGAGAUAGAGAUUUAUCGCUUUUGGUUUGAAUUGUGAUCAGUGAGGACUCAUGAAUGUACGGAUAGACAUGAUAUAGAGAUUUAUUGCUUUUGAUUAAUUAUAUCAUAAUUAAUAUUUUUGAAAAUUGAUAA